UGAUGCUCCACCGUCCCUCACAGCUACUGAGUACUGACUGACGCUCACACACAACACUCAACACUCAGCACUCACCCGGAAAACACCCGCUGGUCAGCAUGGAGCGGAAAGUGGCGAGGGAAUUUCGGCAUAAGGUGGAGCUGCUGAUUGAUAAUGAAGCAGAGAAGGACUAUCUGUACGAUGUUCUCCGCAUGUACCACCAAGCCAUGGACAUUCCUGUCCUGGUCGGCGACCUGAAGCUGGUGAUAAAUGAGCCCAAACGCCUUCCGCUGUUUGAUGCCAUCAGACCCCUGAUUCCUCUGAAGCACCAGGUGCAGUACGACCAGCUCACGCCCAAGAGAUCCAGGAAGUUGAAGGAAGUCCGUCUGGAUCGCACACAUCCUGAGGGUCUGGGUUUGAGUGUUCGAGGUGGGCUGGAGUUCGGCUGUGGCCUCUUCAUAUCACAGAUAGUCAAAGAUGGACAGGCAGGAAAUGUCGGCCUGCAGGUUGGCGAUGAGAUUGUGCGUAUUAAUGGCUACUCCAUCUCCUCCUGCAUUCAUGAGGAGGUCAUCAAUCUCAUUAAGACCAAGAAGAUUGUGUCUCUGAAAGUCCGCCACGUGGGAAUGAUUCCUGUCAAGAGCUCCUCUGAAGACCCUCUGAAGUGGCAGUUUGUGGAUCAGUUUGUGUCUGAAUCAGGGGAGAAAAAGACUAGUGUGGCUGGUUUGGCUUCGGUUGGAGGGAAAGAAAUCAAGGAAAAGAAAGUUUUCCUUAGUUUGGUGGGCACCAAAGGCAUGGGAAUCAGCAUAUCUAGUGGACCAACACAGAAACCAGGCAUCUAUGUGAGCAAUGUGAAGCCGGGUUCAGUCUCAGCUGAAGUGGGCUUACAGGCUGGUGACCAGAUUGUGGAGGUCAAUGGGGUGGAUUUCACCAACCUGAGUCAUCAUGAAGCAGUGCGAGUGUUAAAGAGCAGCAGGAGUCUAACCAUCACUGUCCUCACUGGAGCUGGAAGAGAGCUGUUUAUGACGGAUGAGGAGCGGCUGGCGGCUGAAGCUCGUCGUGAGCUUGAAAGACAAGAGCUAAUGCAUCAGAAGAGAGUGGCAUUAGAGACCAACAAAGUCAUCAAAGAACAGCAGGAGAAAGAGCGCCAGAGGAAGAUGGAGGUAUCACAGAAGACUGCAGAGGAAGAAGAACGCUAUCGCAAAGAGAUGGAGAGAAUUGAAGCCGCGGAAAAGAAGCACCACAAAGAGUGGGAAGAAGAUUGGGGUUCCAAAGAAAAAUCCAAAUCUCGUUCCCCCUCCCCCUCCCCCUCUCCCUCACCCCCACCACCUGCACGUAAUGCACCUUCACCCAAACCCAAAACCUCCACUGCUGAGUCCGAUGAAGAAGAGCUCGGAGAACAUUCGGUUGGUUCUACCAAAGGAAAAGAGACCAAAAAGAAGAAGAAGAUGUCCAAGACUGACACUCUCCCAGCUGAGAAAAAGAACAAGAAAGAGAUGGAGUUUGAGCUGAAACUUGCAAAGGAGAAGGAAGAAAUACUUGAGCGAGAAAAGCAGAUGAAAAUCAGCAGACUUCUUCAAGAGGUGUCAGAAACUGAGAGGGAAGAUCUGGAAGAGUCGGAGAAGGUGCAGCAUUGGGUGGAGAGACUCUGUCAAACCAGAUUAGAGCAAAUCUCCUCAGUUGAAAAUGAUUCUUCAGAGAUGUCUCCAACCCGUUCCCCUGCAUCAACUGGUCCCACCAAUCGGAGGUUCCCUGGAGGCUUGACCUUGGCCACUACUGACCUUGAUGACAUCAACUUAGAUGAUGUGGACCAGAGUCUAAGGCAACCUUUGAAAAGACUUUCCCCAACCCCACCUACAUCCAACCAAGCUCCCCCUCCCUUACCACUCCCUCCACCCUCACCCCGUCUUUACCACACAUCCAACCAUCACCCUCCUUCUCCAAGAACACAGCUCCCAAUGCAACCCAGUCCUAGAACAGCCCCUCAACGCCCACCUUCUCCACCAGCCUUAAGGGUACCCCUUUCCUCAAUAGGUCGUAGCCGACAACCUCCUGCCACCCCACUAUUCUCCUCCAGGGGUCUGUCCACAUCUCAGCCACCUCCCCCGCCACCACCUCCUCCCCCUCCACCACCACCGCCUCCUCCUCCACCACCUCCUCCACCCCUGCGCAUGGAGGACAAGUACCAUGUAGGGUCGUCCAACUAUCCCCGCUCCCCAAGCUUAUCCGAACAGGGAAGCAGGUUUGGGGACAAUGGUUACCGACAGAGAGGUGGCUUCCACUCCACCAUUCCCAGUGAUCUCUCACGCCCACCCAGCCCGAAGUCUGACCACAACCUGACGGUGAUGAGAAACACAUCUCAUGCUAGCAGGAUAUACACCUCUAAUAAUCCACUGGUGAGUCCUCAGUUUGUAAAUGGUACAUGCUGCUCUGGGUCUUCUGCUCCAUUUUUAGCACAAAUCAGACUUGCCAUGCUUGUGUAACAUCUCAUUUAAUGUCAGCUUAAUGCAAACUAGCUUCUCUUUGAAGAGGAAAUAUCUUCCAACAGUUCUCCAUGUCUAGAUUUGGAGAUUACUCUGGCACAACCUACAGGAAGUGCAUUUCUAAUUGAAUAUAGUUGGCACAUAUCUUAUACGCUCUCAAAAAAUAGGGUACUGUCACUGGGGUGGUACCAUUUCAUUAGGUACCAUAAUGUGCACUUCAGGCACUAAUAUGUUCCUUUAAGAUACUAAUAUGUACCAUUUAGGGGUAAAUAAGGUAUAAUUAUGUACCUUU